GACUAUUUUUUUUCGAGCAAUAUAAAAACUGAAUAGCUAUGUAUGCUAAGAGCUAGUCUAAGAAAACGUUCCGUCACGUACGGACGAGAAAAUGACACCUGUUGCGAGCCACCUGAUUGUUAUAGUUCUGUUCUCGGGUCUCUGUGCCGUAUUCGGAGAUACAUGUGGACGAUCUGAUAGUCUUCCUGAUCCAACAACAGAGUGCUGUGGACUGGAUCAAGCCGAUGACCAUAGAGAAAUAAGCGGGAAUGCGGCGUUGAAUCAGUUCCCUUGGCUAGCGCUCAUAGAGCACAAUGCCGGCAGGAUCACAUGUACGGGAGUUUUAAUAAGCUCUCAAUACGUGCUCACUGCUGCCCAAUGUCUGUAUCACGCCCCGAAAAAUGUUCGCCUGGGUGAAUUUAACAAAACGCACUCGGGCCCGGAUUGCCUCAACGUCGACGGCAAGAAGGUUUGCAACAAUGGCGCCAUCACCAUCCCCAUACGAUCUGUCACAGCGCAUUCAGAGUUCACAAGGCCAAAUUUCCACGGGCAUGACAUUGCUAUCAUUAAACUCGCUGAAAGGGUACCUUUUAAUGAAUUCAUUCGCCCAAUCUGCCUCCCAACAUCGGACAUAACAGUGUCACCACCUAAGGGAUUGCGACUGAUCAACGCUGGCUGGGGCAGUGGUCCCAGCAGCACUCAAGAGGACGAUGUCGUCAAACAUUACGUAGAACUGCCUUAUGUGCCCUUGAAGACAUGUCAAGGAAUUUAUGAGACAAAAUUAAACAAACUGUCAUCAAAAAUUGGAGAAAGCCACAUUUGCGCGGGCGGCGAGAAGGGUCGCGACUCCUGCAGAGGCGAUGGUGGUGGUCCUCUCAUGUCUGAACAGAACGGACGAUAUACGUUAGAGGGAAUUGUGAGCUUUGGGCCGGUUCCUUGCGGCAGAGAGGGUGUCCCUAGCGUCUACACUAGAGUUUACUCGUAUUUGCCUUGGAUACAAAGUGUUAUUUCAUCCUAAAUCACUACUUUUAAGUCUGUAUAAGACGUUCCUUAACAUCGAACUUGAAGUUCAAGCAACUAUAAUGUUUCACUUUGAAUUGAGUAACGUCUAAUAUAAUACAGGCCUUAGAUGUCGUUUAAAUUGUGAUAGUACCCAUUUAUGAAAUGCAAUGAAAAUCUUAUAUUAAUAUUAUAAAUAAAAAAAAUAUAUAAAACAA